AUGGAUCUGCGGUCGCUUCUAUUCGCCGUUUCAACGCCUCCCGCCACGAGCUCGCCUCCCCCUGGCUACCAGCCGCGCAGGGACGGUCCACUAGAGCUAUGGCUACCGCCGCCGGCCCGGCGCUCGCCGAACCUCGACGACCAGAUCCUCUAUGCGCAAGAGGUCGCCGAGGACAGGCGGAUACAGCAGAAGGCGAUACGCGCGUGGCGGGAAGACGAGGAGCAGUCUUCUAUCGCCGCUAGCGAGACAACGCCUUGGUUAAGGCACACGGGAUGGCCUCAGCGGUUCUAUAAACGGCCGCUCGGUAUUAUCGCAGCGUCGGCGGCGCUGCCCCUCCGAGGCUCUGACCAGGCUUCUCUCGACGAUGAUUACUACGCCAGUAGCGACACCGGGAGUCAUAGGGAGAGCGUGGCCUAUGACGAUAGGCAUGGCGGAAGCGACCAGGAGAGCGACAGCGAUAAGGAUAGCGGCAGUGAUAGCGACUAUGGUAUCGAAAAGGACCAUAGUGAGGAGAGCGAGUGCGAGAGCGAUAGCGAGAGCGAUAGCGAGAGCGACAGCGACAACGACAGCGAGGGCGAUAGCGAUAGUCUAAGCAGCCGCCGAACUAGUAAUCGCAAUCGGGGAGUAGGAAACAGCGACAUCCUAUCUCGAGACGACCAAGAUAGCAAGUCUAUGCCAAGGAGCUCUCCGUCUACGCUAAGCGCGGGACAAGCCCCCUUACACCUUCCCCAAGGAAGCCGACUCGAGCUCGCCGAGGCCCUUCUCCAGCUCUCGAUAAUAUUCUGGAUAUACCAGAGCUAA